AUGGACAUCACCAGGCGUAUCGGUGAAUACGUGACCCACGCUGGCAUCGAGGACUUCCCGCCCGAAGCGGUCAUAGCGGCCAAGGGGGCAAUUAUGGACUGCCUGGCGUGUAUGCUGGCCGGCAGCCGGGAAUCGCUGACGGACAUCCUUUGCCGCUACGUUGCCGCCGAGGGCGCCGCUCCUGCCGCCAGCGUCGUGGGUCGGGGAUUCAGGACAUCGGCGGCCAACGCUGCCCUGGUGAACGGGGCUAUGGCCCACGCCCUCGACUACGAUGACAUUACCCACAUUACCAAGACCCACCCCACCGCCGUCCUGUUGCCCGCGGCCCUUGCGGUAUCCGAGGAGACCGGGGCUACCGGACAGGAGAUGCUGCUGGGCUACAUGGCCGGGUUCGAGGUGGCCUGCGGCGUGGGCGAGGCCCUGAGCGAAGCCUAUUACGAUGACCUGGGCUGGCAUCCCACCGGCCCACUGGGAGCCAUCGGUUCGGCGGCGGCAGCCAGCAAAAUAAUGGCCCUGGACCCGGAACAGACGGCCAUGGCCAUCUCCCUGGCCGCGUCCCAGGCGUCGGGACUGAGGCAGAACUUCGGCACCAUGACCAAGCCCUUCCACGCCGGGGAUGCCGCCCGGGCCGGCGUAGUAUCGGCCAGGCUGGUACGGGACGGCUUCACCGCCAGCCAGGACGCCCUGGAAGGACGGUUCGGGUUUAUCCGGGCCUUCUCCGGCGGUCAGGGCUUCAACAGCGAGCAGGUGGUGGAGAACCUGCAGAACAAAUGCUACCUGGUGGAAUCGGGCAUCGAAAUCAAGAAGUAUCCCUGCUGCGGCAGCGCCCACCUGGCCCUGGAUGCCACCUUUAACCUGCUGUCCCAGGGCGCCAUCGACCCGCAGGCGGUAGACAAGAUCGAGGUAAUGGUGGACUUCGACCCGCCGCGCUCGUUAAUCCACUCCCGCCCGAUGUCGUCGCUGGAAGGGAAGUUCAGCAUGCAGUAUUGCCUGGCUGCCGCCCUGCUGGACCAGCGGGUGGGGCUGCAGUCCUUUUCCGACGAGCAAGUGUUGCGUACUGAUGCCCAGUCGCUGAUUCCCCGCAUAGAUAUGCGCCGCAUCCCGGGCAACGAGGGCAAGCCAAGUUGGACAGAGGGCUAUAACGAGGUUGACGUACACCUGAAGGACGGCACUGUGCUCCGGCAGCAGGCGCACCGGGCCAGUAGCGGCGCCCUGCGCGGUGUAACCGUGGAGGACAUCCUGGAAAAAUUUAGGGACUGCGCGUCGCAAUCCCUGUCCGAAACAACGGCCGCGGAAGUCCUGUCCCGCCUGGACAGGCUGGAGGAGGCGGAACCGAUCAGCGGUUUGGCGAACCUGCUCCGGGGGUGA